CAGAGCCUGGGGAAGAGAGUUGAGAAAGGUAAUGGGAACAAAGCCUUCCAAGAGAGACAAAAUGAAGAAGGGGUCAGUGCAACUGCCCCAACAGAGGAGUGGGGCACCACUAGCCGCCGCUAUGCUGGGGGGCGUUGGGGGUCCAGAAGCAGACGAGGAGGGGGAGGACGAGUUGGGGAGUGAGAAGGCGUUCGACGAACCGCUCUGCGCCCUGGUCCAGAACUGCACCAUGCUUCACAACAUAGUGGGGCCUGCCUGCAUCUUCCUCAGACAGGGCUUUGCCCAGUCCCAAAUCGACAGGGAUCUGCGGCCUGAGGAGAUGGAAGAGCUAAGGGAGGCCUUCACCGAGUUCGAUAAGGACAAGGACGGCUUCAUCAGCUGUAAAGACCUGGGCGAGUGCAUGCGGACCAUGGGAUACAUGCCCACAGAGAUGGAGCUGAUCGAACUGAGCCAGCAAAUCUGUGGUGGUAGAGUGGACUUUGAGGACUUUGUGGAUCUAAUGGGCCCCAAGAUGCUGGCUGAGACAGCAGACAUGAUCGGAGUGAAAGAGUUGAGGGAUGCUUUCAGAGAAUUUGACUCCAAUGGAGAUGGUCAGAUCAGCCUGGCAGAGCUCAGGGAAGCCAUGAAGAAGCUGAUGGGAGAGCAGCUGAAUCAGAGAGAGAUCGACGAAAUCCUCAGAGAUGUAGACCUCAACGGUGAUGGCCUGGUCGACUUUGAAGAAUUUGUCCGAAUGAUGUCCCGCUAGUAUUCACACACAACUGUGUGAAGCCAAGUGAGAGAGGUGAGGACAUCAUGAAGGAACCAAUCAGAACUAAUGUGAUUGCCCAGUUAAGGGUUACCGUAUAGUGUCAAACCUGUUAUGUUGUUUUAUGUACAAAUUCAUGUUGUUUUUAUUUUUCUAGCACUCUCACCCUGUGUUGAUAUCAAAAAGAAAUAUUCUGUAAAUACGGUUUUAAAUUCUUUUUGUACUCUCUAUUAUGUAAAUGAACGGUUUGGCCUGCAUUUUAUCUCUGUCAGAAAAUGACAUAUGUCUGAAAAAGAUUGAAAACAGCUGUGGUCAUCUCUGAAGUGAGUGGUCAUACAAUUUUGCCGGACCUUGUGAGAGAUGUACAUACGCAUGUUAUUACUCAUGUUUUGUGCCACACAUAAACUAUAGUGACAACUUUAUAUAAGGGGUUGGGUGAGGGUGGGUAGCACUUCACUUGAACCACCCAUCAUAACAAUUAUGACCAUUGUCAUAACAAUUAUGACCAUGUCCAUUUUAAUAUUAUCAUGACAGUUAUUGUUAAAUGCCAUAACAGUGCCAUGUACACUAUCAGUAACUGUCAUGAGAGCUGCUGGUGUUUGAUGCCACAAAAGCCCAUAUCAUGUGAUAAUAAGCUAUCAUAGCACUGUUAUUACUAAAUGGUGUGAUUGUCAUGAAAAUGUUCUGAAAUCUCUAAAUAUCAUUCUGACCUGCUUAUGUCGCUUGCUUGAGUCUUAUGAAGAAGAGUUCAAAUGAAGUGGUACGGGAGGAUUUAAGAUGUUCAAUAUACUUUACUUAAUGAUUACCUUAAAUAAACU